AUGACGUAACCGAGCUUAUGUAUACAGAAGCAGAAGGCGCAGAAUUAACCUCGAAUUUCACACCUAAAAUUUUUCGAGAUACACAACAAAUUGUUCAAGCAACGAUCUUGACCAUCUUGUUGUCACACGUUUACGAUAUAAAAAUAUGAUCGGAAAAUUAAUGUCCGGCAUAUUUCAAUCUUUACCACGUGUGGGAGUUUCAAGUCAGCUUUCUUCAACAGUGAGCGUGACAUCUGCGGUAUGGAAUCCAUGGAGUUUGACACUCGUUAGAAAUAGAAUGAGGUAUCACUUUCCUCAACCUAAUGAACGUAAGCGCAUUAAGAAACAUGGUUGGCUUGCAAGACUGGCGACACCAAACGGAAGGAAAAUUCUCCAAAGAAGAAUUUUAAAAGGCAAACAUGUAUUAAGUCAUUAAUCAUAAUAAUCAUCCAAUUAUUUGAAUCUGUAAGAAUGUA